AGGUGGCGACAACACCAACUGCUAUCCAGUCUGUUAAUCAACAAACGAAGAAGAAAUCGAGCCAAUCAGAGGAGAGAAGAAGAGAGUUUUGCCCUGACAUGUUCUGAACUGACACGUGCUGCCUCGAAACAGAAAUGACCCCCAAACCUCCUGACAAUGGCGGAGCGGUCGAAGAGGACGAGAGGCAGCUCUAAGGGGCUUCUCAACAACUACAGGUACCUGUGUAAGAGAUCCAUGAUGCUGCACGCUUUGGAGAGCGCCAGAGCCACGAGGAAACAUCAGCAGAGGAUCAUCAGCGCCAACAUCAAGAGGAAAACAUCGGACAAACUCACAGAACCAGCGGACACAAAUAAAGUGGUCAAAAGAACUAAACCAAGCGAGCACAGUCACAUGACUGCUGCGUCAGAUUCUGGACUCUCUGAGCCGAAAGCUUCUGAUCGGACCGGGUUAGUCGCAGCGUUCAGAGACAGCUGGGAGGUGGACAGCGGGUUCUCCUCCGAGGCGAGUCCUCCAGCCAGCGGGAGGAGCUCGCCGUGUCUGAGCUCGUGCUCGACCUCGGUGGUGGCGUUGGACUGUGAGAUGGUGGGGACGGGGCCCGGCGGGCGCUGCAGUGAGCUGGCACGCUGCAGCAUCCUGGACUAUCACGGGAACGUAUUGUACGAUAAGUACGUCCUGCCGAGUCGGCCCGUCACGGACUACAGGACUCGCUGGAGCGGCAUCCAGAGGCAUCACCUGUUCAAAGCAACGCCGUUCACUCAGGCCAGGGACGAGAUCCUCAGGAUCCUCGAGGGCAAAGUGGUCGUCGGCCACUCCAUCUACCACGACUUCGAGGCUCUGGACUUUCUCCAUCCUGCCCACAUGGUCAGAGACACCAUCACCACGCGUCUCCUCAGCAGGAUGGCCGGUUUCCCUCGUGAACGCUGCGCCUCCCUCCGAAUCUUAGCAGGCAAACUGCUGGACAGGAAGAUACAGGUGGGGAGGCGAGGUCACUGCUCGGUGGAGGACGCUCGAGCCGCCCUCGACCUCUACAAGCUGGUGGAGGGAGAGUGGGAGCGGGAGCUGCAGGAGAGAAUGCGGGACGACGCCAACGCUCCACGAGCGCCGAGCUUCGCCGCCUCGAACCACUACAUGCAGGACGAGUACUGGCCCGAUGACGUCACGGCUGACGGCCAAUGAGAGGAGAGCGGAGCCCUGUGACGAGCAGCUCUUAAUAAUGUUAAUAAAUGACAUGGACAGUACGAUGAAUUUGGAUUUAAAGGGCACUAAAGAGAGGAACGUGAUCGUAUCUGCAGCGUUUCACUUUCACAAUAAAUAAACACUCAUUAACUUAUUGAUUAGAAACAUGUUAAACAUGGUUGGAGUGCAUUUCAGCUUUUUGGCUGUUGCUUAAAGAGUCUUUGAUUCACUUGAUCAUGUUGAUCGUGUGAGGGUGCUGGAGGUUCAUUUCUGAAGAUCUGCACAGUUUGGAGUUCUGUUUCUUCUCUUCCUUAAAGAGAAUCUACUCGUGUUAACCCGACAGGAACACUGAUUUAAGGCUGCUACUUUAGAAAUAAGCAGAUUUUUGGUGUUUUUAAAAUGUCUGUUUAUAUCACAUGAAAUGCAAAAAGAUAUUUAAAGUAUCUUCAGAAGCAGAAGACAUAACACUUUGAAAUGUUUUCUGAAAUACACUUGAGACAAAUGUAAACUGUUGAAGUUUCACUUCAUGUGUGUGAUGGACUGUGAUGGUUGUAACUCAUUACCUCUCAUUGUAAGGUUCUCAUAAAUGUCCAAUUAAAAGUAUUAUGUAAGAAAUCAA